CUGUAGCUCUUUUACCAAAGUCUCCUUCCAUUUUUGAAGAGGUUGAGGUCGCUCACAAGCCAUGUUUCUCGAUCCAUACUUUGACCAGGCUGGAAAGGUGAUGGAGAUGCCACCAGACCAUCUUAAGAUUGUCUUCUCCAUCUUCAUGACUUACCCGUAUGCCUACUUGUAUAACCGGCUGCCCAAUAAUCCAAAUAUCAAGCACUUGUAUUCCAUUGUUUUGACAUGCGUUACGAUGCUCUGGUUUCACCGAAUAUAUGAAGGUUUUGCACAUAUCAUCAUCAGCUCUAUCAUCACGUUGGUUGUUACGAAAUAUUACAAGGAUAAGCGUAUGCCAUGGGUUAACUUUGUUUUGCUCAUGAUUCAUAUGUCUAUAAGUCACAUCCAGCGCCAACGACAAGGUCACCUUGGCGACGAUCAGUUUGAUCAUACGGGUCCUCAAAUGGUAUUGGUCAUAAAACUGACUUCUUUUGCGUUCAACGUGUUUGACGCUACCCAACCUUCCGAGAAAUUGACUGACUACAACAAGACAAUGAUGGUCCGAGAGUUCCCGAGCCUUAUUGAGUACUAUGGAUGGGUAUUGUUCUUUGGUGGCUUUAUUGCUGGUCCGGCCAACGAGUAUAUGGAUUAUAAGCGAUUUGUGACUAUGGAAGUCUUCCGAGAUGCCAAUGGAAAGAUUGUUCGCCCCUCGGCCACCAAAGCUACCUUGAAACUUUUUGCUCAGGGGUUGUUUUUCAUAUUGAUCUUGGCCACAGUUGCACCUCAUUUCUCUUAUUUCGAAUGUUUAAAACCUUGGUACUUGGAAAUGCCGUUCUGGAAGCGGUUCUUGUUCAUUCAAGCCGCAGGUUUCUCUUCCCGUGUAAAGUACUAUGCCGUUUGGCUUUUGGCAGAAGGCGCAUGUGUACUUUGUGGUCUUGGAUUCAAUGGAUAUGAUAAGGAUGGCAAGGCUCGGUGGAACAGAGUCAGUAACAUUCGUCCUUUCACCUAUGAGACGGGUGAAAGUAUCAAGGUGUUGUUGGAAUCUUGGAAUAUGCGUACCAAUGUGUGGUUGAAAAACUAUGUGUAUUUGAGAGUUUCUAAGGGUAAACCAGGAUUUGGUGCGACGGUCGCUACCUUUGCCACAUCUGCUCUAUGGCAUGGGUUCCAUCCUGGAUACUACUUAACGUUCGUAUCAGGAUCAUUGGUGCAGAAUGUAGCCAAGAAGUUGCGUCGUCUAGUGCGACCCUUCUUCUUUACACCCGACUUGAAACAUCCUCUUCCAACAAAGCGCAUCUACGAUCUUUAUGGAUACAUUGCCUCGCAGUCCUCCAUUAACAUGAUUGCUGGACCUUUUCUGGUUCUAGAACUGAAUGGAUCUCUUCGUGUAUGGAAAUCAGUUUACUUUUACGUUCAUGUAGCCGUCUUUGUCAUUGAAGGCCUGUUUGCCGCUGGACUGGGUAAGAAGUUGAAAGAAGUUCAAAAGACGAGAGCAGAAAAGGCGGGCGUCCAGCUGCAGGAGAUCAAACCUCGCGAUGACAAGGUGAUUGUCAGUGAAGUAGGCGUGGAGUUUGCCGAUGAAGGCGGCGUUAGAGUCGGCAAGAAGAAGCUUCAAUAGGUAGCCUCAUCUACAUAGCAUCAUUACUUAAAUUACUAUCAUCGACAUAUAGAAUAUUAUACACCGUGUCAAUGAAAACUGUUAAACCCAGGUUACUCAAUCCUAAAAUGGGCAAUUAGACUUCAGUUUGCGUAG